UGAAAAUCUUCUGCGCCACUAUAGGGAGCGCGAAGCGAAAGUAAAAGAAAUGGCGCCAUUUUGAGGUUUUAAACAGCUGCGUAUUUUGUGGCAAGAUGGACAGUGCCUCCAAAAUGAGUCUCUAUGAAGAGACAGAAGAUGAGGACACUGCCUUUAAAAUCAGUUCUCCAGGACCAAGCUGUGAUCAACCAAUGACCUCUGACCCCAGCAUCAUGAGGAAGGAACAGGAAUCAGAGUCUCCAGAACCCAGCUUUGUGUCUAUGAAGAGUGACAUAUCCAUGAUGCCACCCCCUGGGUUCAGUGAUGGACCUGUGACCUCUGCCCCUCCAUUCUCUCUAAACUGCACUUCAUCCCAUGAGACUGGAGACCUGCAGAAACCAGUGGAGGAUGUCCUACAGAGAGUCAAAAACCAGCACAAAAACAGCAUGAAGAACAAGUAUGAGAGAUUAUUUGAGGGACUCAAACUAAAAGAGACUCGAACCCUCCUGAACAGGAUCUACACACAGCUCUACAUCAUAGAGGGAGAGAGUGAAGGAGUGAAUGAAGAACAUGAGGUGCUACAGAUGGAGAAAACAGAACACAGACACUCACAAGACACUCGAAUUGACUGCAAUGAUAUCUUUAACCCCCCACCUAAACCAGGAUUUGAGGAGAAAGACAAAAUAAAGACUGUUCUUACCAAAGGCAUCGCUGGAAUUGGAAAAACCGUCUCUGUGCAGAAGUUCAUUCUGGACUGGGCCGAGGGAAAAGCCAAUCAGGAUGUAGAUUUCAUGUUUGUGCUUCCAUUUCGAGAGCUGAACUUGAUUAAAGAUCACCAGUACAGUCUUCACAGACUUCUGCUGGACUUUCAUCCUGAACUUCAAGAUCUGGACUCAAAGAUUUAUGAUGAAUGUAAAGUUGUGUUCAUCUUUGAUGGCCUGGAUGAAAGCAGAAUCACACUGACGUUUUCAGAUGAUGUGAAAGUUUCUGACGUGAAUGAGUCUUCAUCAGUGGCUCUGUUGAUGUCAAACCUCAUCAGAGGAGAUCUGUUUCCCUCUGCUCUCAUCUGGAUCACCUCCAGACCAGCAGCAGCCAAUCAGAUCCCUUCAGAAUACAUCAACCGUCUGACAGAAAUUCAGGGAUUCACUGAGCCUCAGAAGGAGGAAUAUUUCAGGAAGAGAAUCAGUGACCAGCAUCAAGCCAGCAGAAUCAUCUCACACAUCAGAAGAGCAAGAAGCCUCCACAUCAUGUGCCACAUCCCCGUCUUCUGCUGGAUCUCAUCCACUGUGCUUGAGAAGCUCCUGGAAGACGAUCUGAGUGCAGAAAUCCCUCAAACUCUGACUGAGAUGUACAUCCACUUCCUGCUCAUUCAGAUCAAUAUGAGGAAGCAGAAGUAUGAAGAGAGAGAUCCAGAGAAACUCCUGCAGUCCAACAGAGAAGUGAUUGUGAAACUUGCUGAAGUGGCUUUCAAACAGCUGAUGAAGGGCAAUGUGAUGUUCUAUGAGGAGGACCUGAUUGAGACUGGCUUAGACGUCACAGACUCAGUGUAUUCGGGGAUUUGCACUCAGAUCUUUAAGGAGGAAUCUGUCAUUCAUCAGAGGAAAGUCUACAGCUUCAUUCAUCUGAGCGUUCAGGAAUUUCUUGCUGCUUUCCAUGUGUUUUGCUUCCACAUAAGCAACACAACAGAAGCAUGUUUUGAUUCACUGCACAAACUCAAUGAAAGAGUAGUAGAUACAGCUCUUGAGAGUGAGAAUGGCCACCUGGAUCUGUUCCUGCGGUUUCUGCUGGGUGUCCCACUGGAGUCCAAUCAGAGACUCUUACAGGAUCUACUGACACACAACGAGAACAGCUCAGAGAACAUCAGGAGAACCACACAGUACAUUAAAGAGAAGAUCAAAGAUGGACAUGGACUCUCCACUGAAAGAUCCAUCAAUCUGUUCCUCUGUCUGCUGGAAGUGAAAGAUCAGACUCUGUCCAGAGAGAUUCAGGAGUUUGUGGAAUCAGACAAACACUCAGGGAAGAAACUUGCUCCUGCUUACUGCUCAACAAUCUCCUACAUGCUUCAGAUAUCAGAAGAGCCGCUGGAUGAGCUGGACCUCAAAAAAUACAACACAUCAGAUGAGGGUAGAAGAAGACUGAUACCAGCUGUGAGCAACUGCAGAAAGGCCCUUCUUGCUGGCUAUAAUCUCUCAGAUAAGCAUUGUGAAACACUGUCAUCAGCUCUACAAUUAUCACACUCUGUCCUGAGAGAGCUGGAUCUGAGUAACAGUGACCUGCAGGAUUCAGGAGUGAAGCUACUCUCGGAUGGACUGAAGAGUCCAAACUGUGAGCUGGAGAUACUGAGGUUGUCAGGCUGUAUGGUGACAGAGGAAGGCUGUGGUUUUGUGUCUUCAGAUCUGAGUUCAAACCCCUCACACCUGAGAGAGCUGGAUCUGAGCUACAAUCAUCCAGGAGAAUCAGGAGUCCAGCUGCUCAAUGACAAACUGAAGGAUCUAAACUGUGCACUGGAGAAACUCAAUUUGGACCAUAGACAUCCUUUAAGAAUCACUCCAGGACUGAGAAAAUAUGCCUGUGAUCUCACACUGGAUCCAAACACGGCACACACUCAGCUCAUGCUGUCUGAGGGGAACAAAAAGGUGACACAUGUCGAAGAGAAGCAGUCGUAUCCUGAUCAUCCAGACAGAUUUGAUUACUAUAAGCAGGUUCUGUGUCGACAGAGUCUGACUGGACGCUGUUACUGGGAGGUUGAAUGGAGCGGAUUUAAGGCUGAUAUAGGAGUGUCAUAUAAAGGUAUCAGCAGGAAAGGAGAGAUUGACUGUUGGUUUGGAUACAAUGACAAAUCCUGGAGUCUCUUCUGCACUGAUAAUGCGUUCACUUCCUGGCACAAUAAUGUGAACACUAGCAUACCAGUCCCGUCACAGCCCUCUAAUAGAGUAGGAGUGUAUCUGGACUGGUCAGCUGGCACUCUGUCCUUCUACAGCGUCUCUGACACACACACACUCACACACUUACACACAUUCAACAACACAUUCACUGAACCCCUGUAUGCAGGAUUUGGGGUUUUUUAUAAUAACUGUUCAGCAUAUCUGUGUCAAAUUUAACAACUUAGACCUGAGAACAACAAAGAAAAUUUCUCAGUAGUCGUAUGACGCCUGUCCCUUCAUCCUUUAAUAGAGUAGGAGUGUAUGUGGAUGUGUCGGCCAGCAUUCUGUCCUUCUACAGCCUCUCUGACACACACACACACACUCACACAAUAUAUUUGAACUUCAGCAUUCCCUUUUUACAUGGCGACACAUCAAGCUUGUCAUAUGACGAUAUGGCAGUCGUGGCCUAAUGGCUAGAGAGUCGGACUUGUAACCCAAGGUUGCGGGUUCGAAUCUCAGGUCCGGUCGAGUUUGUAGGUAGGGGGGGGAGUGAAUAUACAGCGCUCUCUUCAACCCAUAAUACCACGACUGAGGUGAGACCCUUGAGCAAGGCACCGAACCCCCAACUGCUCCC